AUCAUAUCUUUGAUUCAACCACAAAACAUUAAAAACCCUACAUGAUCAUGUCAAAAGUUCCAAUCUUUUUUGAGCUUUAAAUUCACUUGCUAACUUACGUGAUUCACAAGCAAAGGUGGUGAAGAUGGUGGAGGUUCCUGGUUCUAUGGGCACAAGUGCAAGCCUUUCCUUGAGAUUAGGUCAAACAUUGUUAGCAUUUGGCGCUCUUCUCUUCAUGACUAUCGGUGUUCGAUUCUACCAAUUCACAGCUAUCUGCUACUUGGUGACGAUCAUGGCUUUAACUAUACCAUGGAACCUGACACUAGCAAUGGUAGAUAUCUAUUGUAUUUUCCUCAACCAACCAUUUCAAAAGCCACGAAUCCUUCUCGCCAUCUCAGUUGGUGAUUGGGUGGUGUCUGUGCUAGCGCUGGCUUCAGCUUCAUCAGCAGCUAGUGUUGUAGAUCUUCUUCGUUCAGACGAAUCAGUUUGCCCACCAACAGUCUGCAACAGAUACCAAUUUGCAGCCACAUUAGCUUUCUUGACUUGGUUCUUGUCUCUUUCUUCUUCUCUCUUCAACCUCUGGUUACUUCCUUCUCUCUGAUCUAAAAAACAAGAUUAGAUGACAAAGACGACUAAAAAUAGAUAGGUUAGCAGCAAGACACAAAAAUGUCAGUAGAAACUCAAAUCUUUGUACUGACACUCGAUAUA